AUGCAUCAGGAGAAUCUGGAAAUGUUAAAAGAUCAAUAUUGGGAUGAAGUUUUUCCAGUAAAGUUACCUUAUACAGCAGCCGCUAAACAGUACCAUACAGGUCCACCUCAACAUUCCGCUGAAGAAGUUGAAGUUCCUUCGCAUCAAGCUGGGAAUAUGCCCUUGGAGAAACAUUCAAAGACUCUCACUUCGUUCCAGCAGAGAAAAAAAUUCUGGAACGGAGCCGUCUAUCAUGUCCAAAAAGAAAUAUCUCCCAGUCAUGUGUUAACGGGAGAAACUCAUUCUGCUAAAGUUAUCGUACAAAAUGGCUCACCGGUACCUCAUAUUUUCGCACCGGAAAAUUCGACUGCUUUUGUACCUUGUAAUCUUGUUGACGAAUCGAGUUCUUCGUCAGAAAAAGAAGAACUUGGACUCAUAACUCCAGAUCCCACGAUGCCAAGUGCCGCAAUACCCGUGCCAGCUGUAUCUCAUGCUCAUGUUUCACCAUGUUCCGAUGAUGUAGACUUAGGAAGAAGAUCGUUGAGCCACGAGUUAGAGCCAAUCAUCGAGCAUAAAGAUGAAGGAACUUUAAGUAUUGAAUCAUCGACUCAAAUAAAAAAAAUUUGA